CAAACCAAAAAAAGGUAUCAUCAAAAGUGAAUUCAUAUUCCCUUCUCAAAAAGUUGACUUCCUACACAAACAAACAAACAAACAAACACACACACAAGUGACGACACACACAUUCCACAAAAAAACAACCAAUCCUAAUAUGCAAAACAACAACACAUUUUUUUUCAACACACAACACAGCGCAUGCACACACACACACAGAAAAGAUGAAAAACACAUAACAAACACCUUUCGACUUUGGAUUCUUACAACCUCUAUAAACUUCUUCACUCUGAAAAACUUGACUACUUUUGAGAAAGAAGAAAAAGAAAUCAAGAAAGAAACAAAAAAAAGUGGUAAUUGAUAGACUUUCUUUCUCUUUUGAUAUAAUCAAUGAUAAAGAAAGUUGAUGAGAAAAGUAAAAAAAGAAAAACUGUCUUCGUAUUUUCCAACUUUAAAUGAGCAAAAGGAUAGAAUGGACUCAAAUCAAAUCAAAUAGAUAGAGGUCAGAGGAAAAGAAACCCACGAAAGGCAAGUACAAAAGAAGAGACGAGAAUGAAAGAAAAAACAUUCAGAAAAGAGGGAUAUGAUGAAAAAAACGAGUUUUUUCUCGAGUUUUUUGUGGAUUUUCAAAUUGGAUAUCAGUCCCUAAAGAUAAAGAUUCUCAGUUUGUAUAUAUGUUGUAUAUACGUGUCUUUAACAUAUCCUCCUCUUCUUUUGUC